AUGCAAGAGGAGUACGACUUUGUCGAGACGCUGAAGGAGGAGUCGGUCAGAGUCACCCGCAUUGGCCUUGGCAUCGUAGCGUUCAUUGCCGCUCUUUUUGGGAUCGUUCAUUUUGCGUACCAGACCGACAUUGCCGUUCGAGUCGGGCCGCCGUCGCUCGCCCUCGCGCUGUUUCUUGCUGUCACUGUAUGCCUUCCCAGCGCCAUCAUCAUCGCGUGGAUGAGGCCGAUUGUGGCCGCGACUGCCGGUUUCAUCCUGCUUGUUUUCCUCAUCACCAAGCACUCGGCGGAGGAUCUGGGUCCCUCGCCUGGUCUUAUUGUCCUCACCGCCGGCAUCUACUUGGUGGCGCCUCUCAUUUAUGCCGAGCGUGUGGUUGUGGCAUGGACAGUUUGCAUCAUCUUUGCGUUGACGCUAGCUGUGUGGGGCGAAGGAAACGCCGGUAUCCGGAUCGGCGCGUCGUUUUCGAGCCUGGUAGCUUCGCUUUUGGGCAUGAUCGGGACGUACCUUCCGUCGCGCGCGCUCCGGACCUCAUUUCUCACCACCCGCCGGCUCGUUGCCACCAACGACCUGCUCAACGCCGAGUCGGUCAAGCAAGAGGCCAUCCUUAACAAUCUGCUUCCGGCUGACGUCGGAGCCGAGCUGAAGCAGAGUGCAAACAUUGGCGCCAGCUUGACACGGUCCUACGUUGAGGCGUCGGCGCCGCUUUCGCAGCGGCAUAACUACGUCACGGUGCUCUUUGCCGAUGUGGUCGGCUUUACGGUGCUCUCACAGUCGAUGUCGGCUCGCAAGCUUGUCGACGCUCUCGACGACUUGUUUGCUCGGUUUGACGCCGUCACUACCACGCUUGGUCUGGAGAAGAUCAAGACCAUUGGCGACUGCUACAUGGCGGCCGGCGGGCUUGGCGCCCGUACCCCCGAAGAGGGUCGCAACGCCACUCGGGCUGUCGCCCGCCUGGCGCUAGCCAUUGUCUCUAUCAUCGACGAGUUUAACGCUGAUCGUGGUACGUCACUCAACAUGCGUGUCGGCCUGCACUCGGGUCCUGUCAUUGGCGGCGUGAUUGGUACACAUCGGUUCUCGCACGACCUCUGGGGUCCAACCGUCGACAUGGCAGCCACUCUCGAGUCGUCAGGCAAGCCCGGCUGUGUCCACGUAUCGGCAGCGUCCGCCGCCAUCCUCGAGUACAUUCCUGGUCCCGGUGAUCCGGUCUCGGCUCGGCGACUCGCACCCGGCGCCACUGCUCCCUCAUCGCUCAAUCAGCUGGCAGUCCGGGACGACCACUACUGGAUUCUGGUCCCUUACAAGCUGUUGCCGCAGCAAAAGCCGUCAAGCACAGGCGUCGUGCGGCGUUCCGAGUCGAUGGCCCAUGACCUGAGAUCAGCCAUGGCAAGUACCGAGGACAUGACGGCACAGGGCGCAGCGCUUCAUGACUUGUUCUUUGCUGACGCUCUGUCGCAGAUGGCGGAUGAUGGUGCCACCACGGUCGACACCUACUUGCUGACCACAAUCGGCGGAGUUGAUCCCGUGCUUGCCGCUGCUCGGAGCUCGAGUCGGACCCCGCGCUCGGCUGUGUCAUCCACCGCCGAGCUUGCGACGCUUGUCUCGCAUUUCACCCAACUUCACGCGUCUGGGGUCGAGACCAUGGGCGAGGAGACAAAGUCCGACAAAGUAUUGCAGACAACGAUCAUGGCGUCGAUGCGUCCAUGGUCGUGUCAUGUGUUCCGUUCCGCGGCUGUCGAGGCCAACUAUCAGCAGCACAUCCGGCGGUUGCGUGUGGUGCGGUUCCGCGAGGCACUGGCGAUGGUGUUGGUGAUGGUGAUCACUUUUGAAGUUGUCGACGUCAUGAUUGGAACCUUUAAUGCUAUGCCGAAGAGGCUGGGAGCGGUUGUAGUCGGCGUCUUUGCUGUGGGUGCGGCUGGCUUUGUUCGCCAUCCGAUCACUGAGACCAAGCACUACUUUAACGUCCUUGCCUCGGCGCUUGUAGUCAUGCUUUGCGUCUCGUUUACAAUGCGGAUCCAGGAGGAGGCCGAGGAUGGCCGUGAAGCGCAGCGGGCAGCCGGCAUUCUCGAUGGCUCGGCUGAGGAGCUGGACCAGACAACCAAGUCGUUUAUCAAUGCUCGGAUGGUGCUCAUUUCGCUUUUCUCGCUCCUCUUUGGCCCGCUGGAGCUGCUUUGGACGCUCAUGCUCCAUGUAGUGCUCCUCUCGGCAUGGCAUCUGUUUGUGAUGGUGGAAGUGCGUUCGCUGCGGUCGUCACUCCUUGGCACAGACGCCUUUCUCUUAGUUAUCUUUGUUGCCGGCGCCAUCGGGGUGGCACAUGCCGAGCGAAUGUCGCGGUACUCGUUUGGGCUCUCUGAGGCAAUGGCGUCACGGGUGGCGGCGGUGGAGGCCAAGCAGAAGCAGACCGAGGGUCUGCUUCUCAACAUCCUUCCGCAGACCAUCUACGACGAGCUUGGCGGCGAGAUCCGCACCAUUGCCCACAAGUACAAGGCAUCAGUGCUGUUUGCGAUUCUCGACGACGUGCCGGACUCGUUGCUCCCCAGCGAGCACCUGUGGCUGCUCAACACCUUUGUUUCGACGGUCGACGCCAUCUGCAAUCAGUACCGUGUGGAGAAGAUCAAGACGGUUGGCACGGUGUACAUGGCUGUAUCAGGCUUGCCAGACAAGAACAAUGACCAUGCUUUGCGGCUUGCUGCGGUAGCGCUGGAGAUCCAGGCGGCGCUCCCGAGGAUCUCGGCGGCCGCGGCGAACUCGCUCGGCCUACCUGGGCUGGCGUUGAGCGUGCGGAUUGGGAUCAACACCGGACAUGUAGUCGGCGGCGUGCUUGGCUCGCUCAAGUCGAUUUUUGAUUGUUUUGGCGACACUGUCAACACUGCGUCGCGCAUGGAGUCGUUUGCGCCGCAAAGCACCAUCCAGAUCUCGACCGCUUGUGCGGCUGCGCUUGACUUGCAGCGUGCGCGACUCCUCCCGCACGUCGACGAUACCAGCUUUGUUACUCUAACCCCUCGCGGGGCAACGCCAAUCAAGGGCAAGGGCAUCAUGCAUCCUCUCAUUCUCUCUGCCCCCGCAUCCGGCGCCGGAACCUUCCUCGAUGCCUGUGCCAGAUUGUGA